CUGUGAUACAUUUAAUUUAUGAUACCAGUGGAAUUGAAUUGAAAGUAUUUGAGUGGUCUCUAGUCAUUGUUAUAGUUUUACCAUAAGGCGACAUCAUAAUUGAACUGGAUAUUUUCUUCGUUCAUACAUAUCUAUAGUCACGCUUUACAAGGACGUAAUAAGUGCAGUCUAAAAUAAAAACAGUUCAGAUUUUUUUUGAAAGAGUUUGUGAAAGGAGGAAGCAAAAUGAUAUCGUAUUCAUCAAUGAGCUUCACCUGUAAUGGGAAGUUUUUAUUUGUUGUGUUCAUCGUAGUGAUGUUGGCAUUCUUCAUUUCCAUGGAUACGCAUCUGUACUUUACAGUACAAGAAAUGUCGCUUGUUAAACAAGAUCCUGCAGUUCCUGGAUUUUUCUCACCGUUCAAACCAUUAAGCAUGAAACUACUGAUGACGGACCCUGUGAAUCAUUAUAUAAUCGGCCCAACGGCAGAAUAUUUCGACGAAAUUACGCACUUCAGUAAAGUUUUCUAUUUCGUAACCCCAAACAUGAUCAGUAUUACACAUGUCAUGGUCAGUAUGGUAUCAGCGAAAAUGGUAUCAUCGGAACAUUUGAGUAAUCGGAGAAUAGCAGUUCUUUUAUACGAGUUCCGUUCUUGGCUAGAUGAUUUCGACGGGGUCAUAUACAGGAGUCAUAGCCACACGCAAGGAAUGUAUGUUUCAAAUCACAAUACAUUCGGUUAUUUUGUAGACAUAUACAGUGAUAUAUUAGGUGGCAUAUUUUUAAUGGUUGGUAUAAUGUUCUAUCUCUGGAAAGUGUUAAUACCUGCAAAUGGAAACUACUCGUCCUUACCGUUAACAAAGUCAGACAGUGGAUCUACAAGCCCUGUGCCAAAUAAUUCACCAAAUAAAAAAUUUAAUUUCAAUAUUUUGAAUAUUUUAACGGGCCAUGAGCGACAUGGUGGUGUUGCGUUGACUAAAAAGUACGUCUUUUUAAGAUGUUUAAGUGUAGGAUUAAUGAUAGCAGUGGCAGGUGGUUCCUGGGAUAAAUGCGUGGAACGAUAUACCGAGGUAUUCCAAACAGAUCUUUCGGACCCAAAUCUUACACAAAUUCAGACAGAGGCAUUUCACUCUGGAAGUACUUGGUUUAUUAUAUACAUAUGGAGGAUAUGGGAGGGACAGACCUGGCUUCAUAUGGUGCUUUUGGCCGUCUUUGUGGACAGGAUCUGGGAAUUCCUGAAUUUUUUUAUGUACCUUGGCUAUGUUAUCAUUGGAACCAUCAACAUUUUAAGUUAUAUACAUUUAUAUCAGGUAAGAAGUGAAUUACAAAUGUAAAAGUAGGCGUAGAAUUUGGUGAACAAGCUGAAUAAACCAAAGUACGUUACAACAAGGAAUAUGCAGAACAGUUUCCUUAUAUAUCUGAUAUAUUUUAACAGGAACAAUAAAUUCAGAAACAUCAUCAAAGACAGCACAAUUUACCUUCAGAGUGACAUUAACUAUUUAGCAGAACAUUUGCAAUGGAAAUCACGCAUAAUCUUGAGAGUGUCCCUAACAAAGGCUCCAUAGGUAACAAAAGAAGUCUUGAGAAAGCCCCUUUGAAUGAUAAGAAAAGUUGAUAUUUACGUAGCAAGAUUUUGAACAUUUGAAAUAAAAAUUGAAAUGUCAUUAUCUGUUAGUUGAUAGGCUGUAUUUUUGAAAAGGUCAAUAUUUAGAUGGCAAUAAAUCUUAGACAUGACAUUGCAAAUAAUUGAAAAUAUUUGAUCUCCAAAGAUCAAGUUUUGUAAUUGUUAUUUAUGAAGUUUCCAAUAUAUAAUUUAUAUUGUAAAGAUGGCUUUAUUGAGGCAUUGUGUAAUGAAUGAGCAGUCUUUAGAGAGGCGUGUACAUCUUAUAGUUGAAAGAGAAGUCUGAUUUCGAGUGAGCAUGAAUUGUUUUAGUAUUGUUUGAUGUAUAUAUGUUUCUUCAAUGCUGUGUGGCAUUUUAAGAAUUUUUAAGCAUUCUUUUGGAUCUAAAUUAUUAAAUUUUCUUAAGUGUUUUUUUGUGUUUUGAUGUGUAUGAGAAUCCAAGGAUAUUGUCAAGUGUUAUACUGCUUAUUUCAUUUUAAAAUCUUUUUUUAUGCACGAAAUACUUUGGUAUAUAUCAAAGAAAUUUCUUAUACAAGCUACAAAAUUGCGUCGUAUAUUCCUAUCAAACAUCUAAAGUAUCAAUUUUCCGCAGACAGAUUUUCUGUGUAACACUUGGUUUACAUUUCAUUUUCUUCAUUACAAGUUUUCUUUAUGUGAGCUGCCUUUCUAUCUAAGAUUGGAAUUAACUUCAAAUGUUAUUAUUGCUGCACCAAUGAUUGAAUCAACAUUAUGCUCAUGCCAUGGUAAAUGGUGAGUGUAUAAGUUGAAAGUCAAAAGAACUUUUUGCUUAGAUUAUUUUCAAAUUUUAUAGUCUCUCUCCCAUACAUAAUCAAUACAAUACAAUACAAUACAAUAUACAGUUUAUUUGCAGAAUGUUGUUAGCAUAAUUACAUGAUUAUACAAAGAACAAUAAGAAAUCAUACCUUAUGCCCCCAGAAUUGUUAAAUUAGAUUGUUAAAUAAUUAGAUAAAAAUCCCUUUUAGCUUUAAUUGCCAUAUCUUUUGAUUAUAUUUCCAAUGUUGCAAAUCUUUUAAACAUUAUGAAUGAGCAUUGUAUUUGAAGUAUGAUAAAUUUCGUGUACAUUUGUAGGGUGUUAGUAUAGAGAAAAUAAUGGGACUUUUUCUUUAUGGGAUAUGAUUAUGUUGUAACUUCUUAGCAGUGACCUUGCAGAAAUUUAAACUUGUAAAUGAAAUAACUCUUGAAAAUAUGUAGAAAAACACAUGACAUUAUUUCUGCUAUAUUUUUAUGAAAUAGAGGUAUAGUUCAUGAUGAUAAAUAAUUAUAUUGUGUUGAAAGUAAAAUUAUUACAUUAAUAAUGAGUGAAAAAGUUGCUUUUAUCCAUUUUUACAUUAUUUUUAUUGCUAAAGAGUGAAUGGGAGAUAGAUUGAUGAUUUUGUCUUCCUUUAGUUAUUAUUGAGUAUAAUGUUAUGUAAUACAUGUCGUUAAUUUCUUAUGUUGUUGUAUACUGAAAAUAUGUGAGCCGAGCCAUGACAAAACCAACAUAAUGGGUUUGCGACCAGCAUGGAUCCAGACCAGCCUGCGCAUAGGUGCAGUCUGAUUAGGAUCUAUGCUGUUUCCUGUCAGUUUCUCUUCUUGUUAUAAAGUUCGUAAGCGAACAGCAUGGAUCCUGAUCAGACUGCGCGGAUGCGCAGGCUGGUCUGGAUCCAUGCUGGUCGCAAACGCACUAUGUUGGUUUUGUCGUGACGCGGCUCAUGUUAUACUAGAAACUAUAUCUGUUUCCUGACUCAAACAUUCAGGUAUGUGUAUAAAUUAAGGAGUAUUUAUGUAUUGCUGUGCUAAUCAAAAUUGAUCUUUUGUUGUCUGCAGCACUCAUAAAGUGUGUAUGCAGAUAGAAUAUGUUAUAUUUGUGUGCCAACUGGACCCAAAGAUAAGUUAUAGUAUGACAGAAACAUUAUUGUUGCACUUCAGCAUCUGGAUUAUCAUUAACCUAUUACUUCUUACAGACUACCGGUAGAUAAGAUAAGCCAAUAGACUAAAUCCAGAAUAAGAAAUAUUUUAGGUUUUUUCCCAGCUAAGUCGAGGGUACAAGCAAAUUUUUACAGUUACAAUUUCGAAAAUAAGCAAAAAAGGUGCACCAUGAAGCUAUAACAGUAAAAGUUUGUUUGUACUAGGGUAUUAGCUUGGAAAAACCCACAUUUGCUGAGUUCGGAAUAACAUAUAUUACUACUAUAUUUAGAUAAUUGUUCUCUUUUCCAGUUAAACCACUACUGUAUAAAUAUGAUAUUUUUUGAUUAUGGCUGCAGUGCCGAAGUCAUUAGAAUUUAUGCUUUCUUUGAUUUUCAAAGAAUUUACGUUUGAAUUUUUGAAGAGCCAAAUAUUUUAUGUUCAUAAUGAAUGUCUAGCAAAUUAUGUGAUUGAUUUUUUCCUUUCAAGAUACUUGUUUUUACCAUCAAAAAUUUAUCAAGUAGGCCAAUAAUGAGGUCUUGCUUACCUGGAAAAUUGACAUCACCCUUAGGAUAUGUUAGUUAGAAAAAUUAGAAACAGGUUAAUUUAAAUACAUUUUGUGGUAGUCAUGUCAUUAAAAUACAUGUAUACCUGUAAAAAUGGCAAUUCAGUAAAAGAAAUAAUGAAAAACUGUAUAAGAAAUAAUUGUUUCUUAAGUGGUAAUUUUUAUGGUAUAUACAUUAAGUAUUUAAGCAUAUUAAAUGAAUGUUUACAUUAAAAUGACCCAGUUAAGGUACGGGUUAUCUCAAUUAUUCUCUUAUAUUGUAUAAUGACUUAAAGGUCAGGACAGUGCAUAGGUGAUUACUUUGAUAUGUGGAUUAUUGGUAAAACUUUGUUUUGUGAAUUAUCAGUGCAUUGUAGAUAGCUAAGUUAACCAUUACUUAUAAAACUCCAACACUUGUUAAAGAUUUUGGAAUGUGUAUAUACAUACAAGCACUCGUAUAUGUAUGGAAUUUUUCAACAGAUGCAGUUAAUGAUAAGUUUGUUCACAAAUGCUAUACCAUUUUACUUUACAAAUUCCAAAACUACAGAAUAUUAGGUGAAGUGUUUAUGCCUAUUUAUUUGAGGAUAAUCUAGUUGUCAUUUUAUCAUUUAUUAUUUGUGUAAAGCAAUUCUGUGAAGAUCUUACGAUAACUUUUACUUUGAUGUCUCAAUAGAUCAUGCUGAAUGUACAUGUAAAACUAUGCCUAUAAGAAAGUACUUUGCUAAUUAUUAUAAGAAAAUACUAAAGAUAUAUUUACUCAUAUUUUAAAGGUUUUAGCUAAAGACCACCUAUAAUCACGAGAUCUCCAGUUCUUUUACAACUUUAAAUAUAUUAAUUUCCAAUAAACCUUUGUUGCAUUACACGUCCACCACCUGAAGACCACAAACCAAUGUUUGGUAUAAUGCUUUAUACUGGUCAGAUAAGUCUCCGUUUUUAACAUGAUCAUCAAAGUUGGUGUAUUUUUUUUACAAUUAUAUAUAAAAAUGCUUUAAGUGUGUUUGUAUCUCAUUCUAUAUUUAAGUCAUCUCAAGUUUUGUUUCAUUCUCAUUAUUAUGCCAUUACGCAAUAUAUUGGAAGUCAGAGAUUUUUAAAAGAAGAAAUGUUUUGAUAAGUUAAAUUGUUGAAAAUUGUUCUAUUAGCUGAUGUCAUUGCACGAUAUAUGUUUUGGUAUUGCCAGUAUGGAUUUUAUUUAAGCUACACAAUAUGUAUUGCAAUUUUGCAUGCUUUACUUUAUAAAAGGGUAAUAUAUAUUUAGAUCAAAUAAGCAAUCAAUUUUUAAAUGUUUAUAUGUUUACAUACAGCUUCAUUUUUUGUAGGACGAAAAGUAUUAUAUAAUGACUUCUUCAUUGUCUCAUUUUAAAACAAUUGUUGUUUUCUUUUAAGUUAUACGUGUAAAGUAUUUUUGUUGUUGUACUUUUGUUAUUGUAUUCUUGUUGAAUUGAAUCAGCGAUGUAAAGUAGUUGUAUAUGAAGUUUUGAUUUGUACUCUUGUACUGUUAUAAAUUUAAUUUAUGACAUAUUAAUAAUACCUCACUUUGACUCCUGUUAAAAUACUGUUAUUCUUUAAUUUACCAGUUCAUUAAUAUUAUUUAUAGAAUUUUUUUUUUUUGGAUAGAUUGCAGGGCGUAGUUUUAAAGGUUGUACCUCUAUACUUUGCUGCUUACGUAGCCAAUAGCUUUUUUAAACACAUUCAUAAUUACUCCCCCUUCCACAUUAAUGUAGGAACCACUGGAACCACUUUGUCCUGUGGGUCUGGCUGCCAGUUGGAUCCACUCCACCAUUCCCACGCUAUUAAUCCUUUACGUCUUGAAGAGAUUUUCUUCAAUCUUUACUCAACAAGGUGGUGUGCAGAACCCAUCAUGCCACUUCUUUCCUGGUUCAAGUCAAGGUCACCCUUGAAGGUCAAAUGUAAGACAAUUUUGUGUCCGCAGUAUCAAUCAUUAUUCUUGUACCCCUUGACAAACUUUUUUUUCACAUUUAACUCAAAUGUUCACCUUCAGAAAUAAUGGUAAAUGGAUCUACAUAAAAUCCUGUGUCGCUCCUGUGGCAGCUCAAGUUAUAACCUGAUUUUAUAGCAAAUUAUUGACUCUGCAAAAUCCUUUCUUUGUAUUGUUGUGACUAAUUUUAAAAAUUUGCAGUCAUUUAGAACUUAUACAGUAACUUUUACAUGAAACGUAAACUUCAUGAUUGACCAAUGAAAAUCAACAAAACGCACAGUAAUUUUAUUGACAAGUUAAUUUCUUGCUUACUUUUAAGAGUUAAAUUUCUAGUUAAUGUACAAUUUUUCUUUGCUUAACGAUAUAUGAUACAGCGCAUUUUUAUAAGCACUAAUAUUUUUUGUAAUUUAAACUACUUUGUAUAGUUUCAUUAUGAAAUUUCACAAAUUACCAUUUAAGACCCAUCAAGUCUCAAUAUAGCUAUUUGUUUUUCUUUUUUCAAAAGCUUUAUAUUUUUGGUGUCCUGUAGCAGAUUCUUAAAAGUUACUCAUUGCCAGUAUAUUUAAGUUGAGCCAUCUUUUGUGAUUUAGCAAUUCGUACAGUUAUAGUGAUUUGGUAGUUUGUAUGGAAGUCAAUGUACCAUUUUGUUUUCAUUUUUUGCUACCUUUUAUAUCACAAAUCAUAUCACAUUUUGGCACUGUAUUCAUCAGGUAAUUAAGUUUUAUACAUGUCCUAAAUCUAUUAUUAGAACAUUAUAAAGCCCAUGAAUGCCUUUCUACAGAAAGAAAAAAAAAUCAUUUCUGAGACUUAAAGUAGCAUGCCUCUUUCCAUAUUCAUGCUAAUUUUCAAGAUUAUUUUGAAAGUAUAUUUAAAGGUAAAAUAUUAUGAAGUGAGCAAAGAAAGUAAUACAGUAAUAACGCUCUUGCAUAAUUUUGAAGUUACUGCCCUUUGUUAAAGAAUGUUCCUGUGCUUGGCAAGGCUCGUACAUAAUUACUCAAAAUCUUCAAGUAUGUGAUUUGUAUCAUUUUGAUGAGGAUAUCAAUUCAAUUCAAUGAACUUGUUUUAUUUCUGUGUAUUAUUUUUCUGUUUUCUUUGCUUUCAGUAUCAUAGUAAACAAUGUGAUCAUUUUUGUAUUGACCUUAAUUGAGUAUUUUAAAAUUAACAGUGCACCAUUUUACUAAAUUUGUCAUUAUCAUCAUCAUCAUCAUCAUCAUCAUCAUCAUGGUUUUCAAUAUCAGAGUUCACUCAAUUUUCAGUACCAUCAAUAUCAUUAUGAGCAUUAUCAAUUAUUAUAUAAUUAUCAUCAUCUCAGCCACCGUGGACCUUAUCAUCAUCAUCAUCUUUAUCAUCAUUAUCAUCAUCUUUAUCAUCAUUAUUAUCAUCAUCAUCGCCUUAAAUAUUAUAUUAAACUAGAAGUUUUUCUUUUUUGUCUGCAAGUCGUUACUGUAGUGCAAUAACUGGGUUAAGUCCUAUUAAAUUAAGAAGGGCUUAACCCGUUACUGCACUGAAGUGACGAAGUAUUCAUAUAUAAGCACAUGACAAAAACAUGUGGACAUUUUGUUUACUGUAGUAUUUACUAAUUUUAGAUAACUACCCCAGUGACGUUACUAACAAAAGUGAUCCAUGAAUGAUCUCACAUGGGUUUGUCUUGUAUGUGUUAAUUUUAAUUAGUAUAAAUAUACUAGUAUGUAUUAUUCUUACACAAGUUGACACUGCAUAUUAUACAUAUGCUAAAUAUGGUUAAUGUAUGACAUUUGUAUAUUAUAUAUUUGUCAGUGUUUUAUAUGUAUGAAAUGUAAGAUAGUCCUGUUUUUUGUAGGUUUCAUAAAUUAUAAAUUUUAACGUCCUUCAAUUGUUAAAUGUUACAUCUUGUAAAAGAGUUAUACUUCCAAGUUUUAUAUAAUGUAACAUUAACUUGAACUACUUUUUAGCUCGACUUUUCUAUGAAAAGGGGAGCUAUCCUACUCGCCCCGGCGUCGGCGUCGGCGUUAGCGUCGGCGUUGGCGUCACACCUUGGUUAAGUUUUUCGUACCACCCCACUUUAUUUCAGAAGUAUUACAAGUAUGGCUUUGAAACUUACCAUACUUGUUCACCAUCAUAACCUCCAUCUACAGACAAGAGUACAUAACUCUGUCAAGGUUUUUGACAGAAUUAUGGCCCUUUUUUGACUUAGAAAGUGUAUUGAGCUUGGUUAAGUUUUUUGUACCACCUCACUUUAUUUCAAAACCAUUGGAGGUAUUGCUUUGAAACUGACCAUACUUGUUUACCAUCACGACCUUCAUCAACAGACAAGAGGACAUAACUCUGUCAAGGUUUUUGACAGAAUUAUGCCCCUUUUUGACUUAGAAAAUACAUUGAAUAUGGGUAAAAUCCACUUAUUGCCUUAACCCUUUGAGAUAUUGCUUUGAAACUUUUAAUGCUAUUUCACAUCAUUACCCCCAUCUGUACGCAAGAGAAGGUAACUCUGUCAAGGAUUUGUUUUAAAAAUUAAGGCCUUUUAUCGACUUAGAAUCUUGGUUAAGUUUUUUAGUACCAGUCCACUUUUUGACUGAACUGUUUGAGAUAUUAAUUUGAAAGUUGGAAUACUUGUUUACAAUCAUGAUUCCCAAACAUGUCCAGGAGAAGGUAAUUCUGUCAAAGAUUUUAUUUGAAUUAUGGCCCUUAACUGUCAAUGUUUUGUAUUAUAGGCAAGCACUAAAAAACUUAAAAAAUCUAAAAAAAAUUCAUUCCUAUCCACUUGUUCACUUUACCAUAAAUUAUGUCAUAUAAACAUUGCUGUAAUAUUCAAGGGUAUCAAACAACUAGUUAUUUUUCUCUUUUUGUACUUGAAAUUAAAAUCAGUAGUAUAAUACUAUUAAAUUUAUUUAAGGCUCAACUCAGUUUUUUUUUCUUUCUUACCAGCCCUCUUUUGACUUAAACAUUUCAAACUUUGCUGCAGUGUUCAAGGGUAUCACACAAUUCAGUAAAAUAAUUCUUCACUAAAUAUCUUAAUGCUCAUGGCCAUUGUUCACUUUAAAAAUACAGAGAUUCUUGUAUUGCCUUUUACUGCAAAAACUUUUUUUAUUGGCAAGCAAUAAAAAAGUCGAGCGCGCUGUCUUACGGACAGCUCUUGUUAGCUUGUCUGUUUGAAAGAAAAAGUCUAGCUAUUGCAAUGGCUGCGUCGUCAUUGUAGUUGUCAUUGAUGUCAUGCAAAAACUUAAAUGUAGUCCAUUAUUCAAAACAUUUUAAAAGUUAUCGUCAUGAAACUUGGAAUACUUGCUCAUCAUGACAAGGUGCAGUUGUAAGACAAGGGACAUAAUUCUGAAAGGUCAAUUUCUUGAGUUAUUCCACUUAUUGUCUUUCAUUUUUUUAGAAAAAUUGGUUAUUGUUUAACAGACAAGCAUUCACACCGCAUGCGAUGCUCUUGUUAUUUUUUUGUCUAAAAUUUCUUCAUUUGUAAUAAUAAAACAUGACAGCUAGAUAUGUUUUAACUUCUGUUUCUCAAUAGUUUUUACUGAUAGUUAACUGUUACUUAAACUUUCUUUGCUACACCGCAGUUACUUACAUUCAUGAUCGUAAAUUAUCUAACAUUUAUGAGUCUUAAAUGUGUUGAUUUUACAUGUGUCAUUCAAACACAUGUUUGUUUUCGUCUGUGUGAAAUAUUGGUAUAUAAAAUGUAGUUCUGAAAUAAGAGUGAUGUUGGUGUGCCAUGAAGGUUUAUUACUUACACUUAAGUCUGUACUUUGAAUUGUUUAAUAAAAGUAUAAAAUAUC